UCCAGCUCGGGGUGUUCCGAUUCUGCCUCAUUUGGUACCAGCUUUGAUCCUGGAACCGAGCCUAGAACAUGUUGCUGCCCAAGGCUCUGCCAAAGCACAGGGACCAAGCCUUUCCCCCCGGGUUUUCCUGCCCCAUCCUGCCCGGGGCUGGCAGCUGGUGGCCCCGGGGCUGUGGUGACACUUCGCUGCUGCAGGGGGGACGCCGUGGUGAUCUCGGGGAGGAAGCUGGCCCGGCAGAUCCGGCAGGAGGCGCGGCACGAGGUGCAGCAGUGGGUGGCUGCAGGCAACAGGAGGCCCCACCUGAGCGUGGUGCUGGUGGGGGAGAACCCGGCCAGCCACUCCUACGUCCUCAACAAAACCAAAGCUGCGGCUGAUGUGGGGAUCAGCAGCGAGACCAUCCUCAGGCCGGCCUCCAUCACCGAGCAGGAGCUGCUGGAGCUCAUCGGCAAACUCAACAGCGACCCGGCCGUGGACGGGCUGCUGGUGCAGCUUCCCCUGCCCGAGCACAUCGACGAGCGCAGGGUGUGCAACGCCGUCAGCCCGCACAAGGACGUGGACGGCUUCCACGUGCUCAACGUGGGCCGCAUGUGCCUGGACCAGGACUCCAUGCUGCCUGCCACGCCCCGGGGCGUCUGGGAGAUCAUCCAGAGGACAGGGAUCCCCACGCUGGGCAGGAACGUGGUGGUGGCGGGCAGGUCCAAGAACGUGGGGAUGCCGAUCGCGAUGCUGCUGCACACCGACGGCAGCCACGAGCGGCCUGGAGGUGACGCCACGGUGACGAUCUCGCACCGCUACACGCCCAAGGAGCAGCUGAAGCAGCACACCAUCCGUGCUGACAUCGUGGUGGCAGCUGCAGGCAUCCCCAACCUGAUCACAGCCGACAUGAUCAAGGAGGGCGCGGCCGUGAUCGACGUGGGCAUCACGCGGGUGCAGGACCCCGUCACGGCCCGGCCCCGCCUGGUGGGGGACGUGGAUUUCGAAGGGGUGAGGAAGAAGGCGAGUUACAUCACGCCGGUGCCGGGCGGCGUGGGGCCCAUGACGGUGGCCAUGCUGAUGAAGAACACCAUCAUCGCUGCCAAGAAACUGCUGAAACCCCAACAGCUGGAGGCCCUGCCCGCCUAGCGCGGGGCUCCAUCAGAGCCGGGCCUAGUGUGAGGCUCCAUCAGAGCCAGGCCUGACAGGGGCCCUUGAGCCGGGUUUAGCGUGGGGACCUUGAACCGGGCCUCACAAGGGGCCCUUGAGCCAGGCCUAGCCUGGGCCCU